UGGCGUUGAAUACUUGAAUGGAGUUUUGUUAGAUGCCUCGACCGGAGUAGACGUGUUCUUGCUUCGGUCCGAGUGUUGCAUCUUCCACUUUUAAAAGUUACUGCCGAGUUUAAUUCGUUCAUUAAAUUACGAUUGAUCACAUCUGAUCCGUCAAUUUCCGUUGUGAGAACGAGAGUCAUCCGAACAAAAGAAGAAGUUUUCUCCGAUUCGCAUGAUUUCGCGUGAUUUCGCGAUUGUCCCUGAGCAACGAAAUGUAAUUUUUCUUGAUCAGCGGAAAUGUGAAAAGUGAAGAGAGAAACGUCACAUUUCCUCGACGUUUCGUGUGAUCGUAUUGAUUCGCUUCGCGAAUCGUGAAAGAGGAAUCGGAAUGAACGAAGGGCGGCGGAGAACGAAGAAUUCCGUUUGGGAUUACAUGAUCGGUGCCCACAGUACUCGACGUCGCAGAAGUCGCAGCACGACGACAGGAAUGUGCGCGUCGUGCCCUCUCCCUCCGCAGCCAUAGGGCGAUGCGAUUUUGACAAAUGUUACGCGGAUCGCAUACCUCCGCUCGAUUUUCAUCGGCAUCGCGCCACCAGGAUUCCGCGAUGUCACUACCGAAGACUCCACCAGACGAGUCGACGCUGGUGAGGUACUUCCGUGCGGGUAACCAUCGCGGAAUCGCCACUUGUCUCGACCAGCUCAAAAACGACCCGAAGCGCUGCAAGGAGUUUAUUAAACGAAGCAAUUGCCUCGACGUUCUCGUCCGACUCUUACGAUGCGAGAACCAGAGGAUCGUCGAUAGGAGUCUGAGCAUACUCGCAGACGCUUGCAUGAACGACGAUGUCAGGGAGAAGAUAAGAAACAGCAAGAUAAGAUUCAACAUAGUGCUCAUAUUAGAAAACCUCGAGCUAAAUGCCAUGCUGCACUGUCGUGCUUGCAGACUGGUUAGUAAUUUAUCUGAAUGUAGCUGGCACGCCAAAGAAUUAUGCGAUGCUGGAAUAAUAAAAACACUUAUGGCACUUCUAACGUCAAAAACUGAUGUACAAACUUAUUGCAUGGCUAUCAGAGCUGUAAGGAAUAUUUGGAACGUUUACAAAAACAUCAGGGAUACGAUGAUAGAAUUGGAAAUUGUCAAACUGGUUGCUCAAUUAUUCGUUAUGGCCGAAGAGAGGUCCAAUAUAGAUCUUAAGUAUGGCAAGCUUGUGGAUGCAUGCUUGAAGGCUAUGUGUAUAUUUCUCGAUACUUUAGACCCGCGAUGCGGCAAUCAGAUGCAAGUCGACAAAGAUAUGUGGGGCUAUAAGUGUCUUAUGCGUUGCUGCAGCGCAAGAAACAAUAAGAUGGCUAUUAAAUGCCUUUAUACUCUCUGUCAGAUAGCGGAAUGUCGAUUGUGUCUAGGUGUUUCUGGCACAGUUAAAGAACUCAUAGCUCUGAUAAUAGCGACAGACACUAAUUCCAAUUUUAUUUGCAAGGAGAUAUUGUUGAGCUUAUGUUUGUUUUGUCGAGAAUCCGUGAAUCGAGAUAGGAUCAGACUGAACAAUGGAUUACAAAUUAUCUUGGCAUUGUUGAAUAAACCCGAGUACGAAUGUUAUCAUCCUAAAUUGUUGGAAGCUCUCACACUAUUCAUCCACGAUGAAAUCGGCCUCGACAUUCUGACGAGACAUGGCAUAUUAGAGAUCCUCGUAGCGAAACUGACGAAUUUUGUAGCUAAGAACAGUGAGAGAAGUAGCACAUCUAGAAAACGUUCCAGCGAUUAUCUAAUCGAUGAUUAUGACAAAAGGCCUUCUAAAUAUCCCAUUUCGAGAUAUAGUAUGGAUCUUUAUCGUGAUGAUUGGAGUCCAAGAAGUGCUACAAGUGCUUCUUCCUCAUCGCCACCUAGCACACCACCCUUGCCACCUUAUUUCGAUUUCAAUACAGAAAUUGACGAUCUCAAAGAUGAUGUUUAUAGUCCGGUCUACAGCGAUAAGGAAUGCGAUAACGAUGAAGAAGAAGAAGCUGCUUCUCCUAGAAGCUACAAAUCACCGACAACUGUCGAAGCUGAUUCCGAUUCUUCCUCUCUCAAUGUUGAAACGUUUUCAGAAACGAGUGCUUGCGAAUACUAUACAUUAUUAUUACUGAGUAAAUUGAGUUUUUCUUCUAAGCCUAUCGACAAAUUGGCCGAAUCCAUGACUAUCAAAUCGUUGAUGGAUUACAUAAAAUACACAAAAAAGCAAAAUGUCCUAAAAGGCACUGCUCUCAAAAUAUUGAUAAAAAUCAUAGGGAAUGCGGAGUAUUUCAUACCAUUGGUAAAACAAGGGUUUGUGUUCGAGAUACAAACUCUGCCGGAAGCGGAAGAGUGCAUGCGACAUUUACGUACAGUGGCGGAUACCGGCGGUGCCACCGGGCAAUUAUCGUUUCUAUUACUGCGCGGCGAAGAAGAUUACAAACUAUUGACCGCGGUGUCAAUACCAUUUCUCAUUAAAAGGCAUUGCACUCUAAGAUGCCUGCUGAAAAAGCACGAUGGAAUGCAGCUGAUAUUUCGUCUGUUGGCAGACUCGUCACAUAAAUUACACAAGCGGGCGAUCUGGUCGAUUUGUCAGUUGGCGAAAGCGUUUUAUUCGGACGAUUCGGACUCGAUCACUGAUACAGCUACAAACACCAUCGAAAUAUGUAAUAUGAAACCAUCGAUAAAGUUGUCGUCGAUAGUGAUAUUGGAGCUGGAUGAUGGCACAACCAUUAAAGCUUGCAGGCAAACACUGUGCCAUUAUUCUCCAGUCUUCUCCGCUAUGUUAGAGGGUCACUUCAGGGAAUCGAACAAGAGACUAAUUCGACUGAGGAACAUGUCACGCAAUGCUCUGAAAACGCUGAUAUUAGCAACGAAUGAUGACAGGUUCAAGAAUCGAAGCAUUGAGUCGCUAUUGGAGGCUGUGUUACUAGCCGAUUAUUUUCUCAUGCCGAAUUUCUUGAUAGAGCUGUUAACCGAGACUUCUAUAAAUAAACUCAAUCAUGAAACCUUCUAUCGAGCUUGGUGCUGGGCAAGGAAAUAUUCCUGCCAUGAAUUUAGGUCUUUUUGUGUCAAGAAAUUUCUGACCACAAAAAUGUCAUGGAAUGAAACGAUGCGGACGUUCCAUGAUUUCUAUACCACCAAUGCCUUCAAUGAGUUCCUAUGUGAGAUCAGGGACAUAAUUACGGACGAGUUAUAUCGAUGGUAA